GCUCAGUAAGUCUCUGAACAGUUUGAACAGGAAGGCGGACAUGUUGCUCGGGCACUGGGAGAAUUUGUUAUUUUUGAAACAAACAUCGUCGAUUAAAGUCUGAUUUAUCGAUGUUAAUACACCUCACUGGAUUACUGUACGCCUUUAGUGACGUCUAAAACUUGAGAUUUAUCCACAGCGGACACCUUUUUAAUCACGGGAUUCUGAAUGGUUUUUUUUUAAGUGUUUGAAAUUCUGAAGGCGAAGUUUUUUUUCUGUUUUUUUUUCCGCCGCUUUUUGCAGCUGUCAGAGUGAUAUGGAUUCAGGCCUGAGAUCAUCACAACUUUACCACUUUACAUAUUAUUUUUAUUAUUAACUUCUCAAUCAUGUAUCUGGCUAUAUAUAUAUGUCACUUUUAAAAAGUAUAUAUCUAUAUAUUCGGGCGCUAAUUUAAGGCAGCAGCAAGGCUCAAAUCAGUUGCUGGAACUUUUUUUUCCUGUUUUCUUUGCCAACUUGCCCUGGACUGAUCAGGAUUAAAACUACCUAACUUUCAUUUGUAGACUCUUUCCUGUAAAGAUGCGGAUUUUCGUCGUAUUUCGCUCCUUUCUACGCAGUGACGAGACGGAAAAGCUGAAAAGACAGAAGAAUCCGCUCCUCUGAUCAAAACUCGGACUCUAAAGGAAGUUAGCUAGCUCAGAGCUAGCAGGCUAAACUCAUUAGCUGGCUAGUCGCGAGGAUUAAAACACCUUCUGUAUCUAUUUUAAUUUAUCGCAGGAUUGAACUUUAAAAAGAGAUUAUAAAAAUGUCUGCUGGAGAGAGUUUAACGGCUCGUUUUGAGAAAAUCGAUGCCAUGUUGAAGGAUCCCAAGUCAGAGAUCAACACCGACUGCCUACUGGACGGUUUGGAUGCUCUGGUCUACGACCUUGAUUUUCCUGCCCUGAGGAAGAAUAAGAGCAUCGACAACUUCUUAAGCAGAUAUAAGGACACCAUCGGUAAGAUCCGGGAUCUGCGGAUGAAGGCUGUUGACUACGAGGUGGUGAAGGUGAUUGGGAGAGGAGCGUUUGGAGAAGUGCAGCUCGUGAGACACAAGGCCAGCAGUAAGGUGUACGCUAUGAAGCUUCUCAGUAAGUUUGAGAUGAUAAAGCGCUCGGACUCGGCGUUCUUCUGGGAGGAGAGAGACAUCAUGGCCUUCGCUAAUAGCAGCUGGGUCGUACAGCUGUUCUACGCCUUCCAGGACGACCGUUAUCUCUACAUGGUGAUGGAGUACAUGCCUGGAGGAGACCUGGUCAAUUUGAUGAGCAAUUAUGACGUGCCUGAGAAGUGGGCUCGCUUUUACACCGCCGAGGUGGUGCUGGCGCUCGACGGCAUCCACUCCAUGGGCUUCAUCCACAGGGAUGUGAAACCUGACAACAUGCUGCUGGACAAAUCGGGCCAUUUAAAGCUGGCAGAUUUCGGCACUUGCAUGAAAAUGAACAAGGAUGGUAUGGUACGAUGUGACACGGCAGUGGGAACUCCAGAUUACAUUUCUCCAGAGGUACUUAAGUCUCAGGGCGGAGAUGGCUACUACGGCCGAGAGUGUGACUGGUGGUCUGUCGGAGUUUUCCUCUACGAGAUGCUUGUCGGGGACACUCCGUUUUACGCCGACUCUCUGGUGGGAACCUACAGCAAGAUCAUGAACCAUAAAAACGCUCUGACGUUCCCUGAAGACAGUGACAUCUCUAAAGACGCCAAGAGCCUCAUCUGCCACUUCCUCACCGACAGGGAAGUACGGUUAGGGCGUAACGGAGUGGACGAAAUCAAGCGGCAUUCUUUCUUCAAGAAUGACCAGUGGACCUGGGAGAACAUCCGCGAGACGGCAGCCCCGGUCGUGCCGGAGUUAAGCAGUGACACCGAUACGAGUAAUUUUGACGAUAUAGAGGAGGACCGGGGAGAAGAGGAGACCUUCCCCAUCCCCAAAGCCUUUGUGGGGAAUCAGCUCCCGUUUGUGGGCUUCACCUAUUACAGCGGUCACCAGUUUUCUCGAGGAUCGAGCACAAAAACAAGCAACAAGUGUAACAGCGCUACUAAAGAGGACAAGAGCCAGUUGGAGAAUCUGCUGAAGAAAAUCCACCAGCUGGAGGAGCAGCUUCAUGGAGAGAUGCAACUAAAGGACGAGCUAGAGCAGAAAUGCAGGGCCUCCAACACCAAACUAGAGAAGAUCAUGAAAGAGCUGGAUGAAGAGUGUAAUGUGAGGAAAAGUGCGGAGGCUAGUGUGUCCCUGCUGGAGAAGGACAAGCUGAUGCUGCAGCACAGAACCACUGAGUACCAGAGAAAAGCAGAUCAGGAAGGAGAGAAGAGGCGCAACCUGGAGAACGAGGUUUCCACUCUGAAAGAGCAGCUGGAGAACAUGAGGAAGCUCAGCCAGAACACACAGGCUUCCAGUGAGAAGAUCGUCCAACUGCAGCACCAGCUCGAAGAGGCCAACGACCUGCUGAGGGCGGAGUCUGACACGGCUGCACGACUGAGGAAGAGUCAGACAGAGAUGGCGAAGGCCAUGAGUCAGCUGGAGUCACAGAACGGAGAGCUGCAGGAGAAGAGCCGAGCCGCCGACGACGCCAGGAGACAGCUAGAGAGAGAACUGCUGCAGCUGCAGAACACGCUGGACACUGAGAGACGGACCUGCAGCCAGGGAUCUGAGGAGAUACGUCAACUACAGGCUCGCAUUGCGGGGCUUCAGGAGGACAACAAGAACGUGAAGCAGAGCAUGUCCAAGGUGGAGACAGAAAGAAAGCAGUUACAGGAUAGAAACAACAUUUUGGAGAAGGAGAAGAACAGUAUGGAAAUUGAUCUAAAUUAUAAGCUGAAGAUCCUGCAGCAGCGUUUGGAUCAGGAGCUAACGGAGCACAGGGUCACACGAGCUCAGCUCACCGAUAAAUACGAGUCCAUCGAGGAGGCCAAAUCUGCUGCCAUGCAUGCGGUGGAGCAGAAGGUGUCCGAGGAGAGUGUGCUGCGCCUGCGUGCUGAGAGUCGGGUGGUGGAGGUGGAGAAGCAGUGCUCCAUGCUGGAGUUCGACCUCAAGCAGUCCGUCCAAAAGAUGGAGCAGCUGAUGAAGCAGAAGGACAGACUGGAGGACGAGGUGAAGUCUCUGCGUGUUCAGCUGGAGAACGAGUGCGGGAAGCGGGCGAUGGCUCAGAGCGAGCUGAAGAGCUGGAGCGGUGAAGCUGAAAGGCUGAGAGGGACGGAGAAGCAGCUGAAGCAGGAGAUCAACGCGGUGCUGGAGUCCAAACGCUCACUCGAGUUCCAGCUCGCGCAGCUCAGCAAGCAGUACAGAGGGAACGAGGGUCAGAUGAGGGAGCUGCAGGAUCAGCUGGAGGCCGAGCAGUAUUUCUCUACGCUGUAUAAGACUCAGGUGAAGGAGCUGAAGGAAGAACUGGAGGAGAGGAACCGUCUGGUGCAGGAGGUGCAGAGGAAGGUGCAGGAGAUGCACAGUGAAAGGGAAUCUCUGAUGGCUCAGUUGGACCUGACAGUGACGAAGGCCGAGUCGGAGAUGCUGGCGAGAGCAUUGCAGGAGGAGCAGUACUUCGAACUGAGCCAGGAGAGCAAGAAGAGUUUAGCACGUCACAAGCAGGAGCUGAUCGACAGGGACUCGACUAUAACACGGCUUGAGGAAUCCAACAAAACUCUGACCAAAGACGUGGAGAACCUCAGCAGGGAGAAAGGAGAGCUAGACGAGAAGCUCCAAUCUCAGGAAGAAGUGUUUGAAGCCCAGAGAGAAGAAAUUUCAAAUGCCAUCAAGGCCAACUACGAGAAGAUCCUCAACCAGGAACGAACGCUUAAGACACAGGCGGUGAACAAACUGGCCGAGAUCAUGAACCGUAAGGACAUGAAGCUGGACCAGAAGAAGCGCGGCAGCACCACGGACCUGCGCAAGAAGGAGAAGGAGAACCGCAAACUGCAGCUGGAACUCAACCAGGAGAAGGAGAAGUUCAACCACAUGGCCAUCAAAUACCAGAAGGAGCUCAGCGAGAUGCAGGCGCAACUGGUGGAGGAGAGCACGUACCGUAACGAGCUGCAGAUGCAGUUGGACAGUAAAGAAAGCGACAUCGAGCAGCUCCGAGAGAAACUGAACGACCUGCAGCUGCGCAUGGAGAACACCAGUGUGACCAGUCUGCAGACGGACGAGGUCGACAGCAACACUGCAGAAUCGAGAUUGGAAGGCUGGCUCUCCAUCCCGAACAGAGCCAAUAUCAAACGAUAUGGUUGGAGGAAGCAGUAUGUUGUGGUUAGCAGUAAGAAGAUCCUGUUCUAUAAUGAUGAGCAGGAUAAAGAGCAGUCCAAUCCUUCCAUGGUGCUUGACAUUGACAAACUCUUCCAUGUGCGUCCAGUAACCCAAGGCGAUGUUUAUCGUGCUGAAUCAGAUGAAAUUCCCAGAAUAUUCCAGAUUCUCUAUGCUAACGAGGGUGAAUGCCGGAAGGAUCUGGACCUGGAGGCUAUUCCUCAAGGUGAGAAAUCGAACUACCUGGCUCACAAAGGGCACGAGUUUAUCCCUACACUCUACCACUUUCCCUCAAACUGUGAGGCCUGUGCCAAACCACUGUGGCAUGUCUUCAAACCACCGCCUGCACUCGAAUGCCGACGAUGCCACGUCAAAUGCCACAAAGACCACCUAGACAGGAAGGAGGACGUCAUCGCGCCAUGCAAAGUGAACUAUGACGUGACGUCAGCACGUGACAUGCUCCUGCUAGCUCUCACCCAGGACGAGCAGAAGAAAUGGAUUGGCCAUCUUGGCAAGAAGAUUCCUAAAACACCUCCAUCUACUUUCUCUCGAGCAUCACCUCGCGCCAUGAGCACUCGCUCGGUAGCUAAUCAGUCGUUCCGCAAAAACCCUAAAAGCAUCUCUGGAAAGUCCAGCAGGGCUCAAUCCAACCUCCACGCAGCAGAAACAUCAUCCAGCUCCUGCUGACAUCAACACCACAAGGAGAGUUCAGCGUAGUCUAUCUUUCGUCAGUUACCCUUCAUAUUUACCACUCCUUACUGCCCCACUCCUCUCUGGGUUCACAUGGGGGUUUUAGUUCAGGGUUGUUGUUUUUUUUUUUAAAGCCUUCUGCCUUACCAGCUACAGCACAAAAUUGUCGGCUAAAAGUUUUUUAAGGCUGCGAACCAAGGAUUUCUAAUUGUAUUAAAAUUUGUACAGAAUACGGACACUGGUAGUGAUGGCGUCUUUAUUAAUUGUAUUUUACCAAAAAUAAAAAAUUUUAAAAAAUGAAAAACUUCUAUCACCACCUAGUGGUGACAAGAGCACUUUGAUGACUAAAAUUGACCGCCUGAUCAAAUUGAACAACUCUGAUCAAAUUCAGCUGCCUUAAAAACCUUUUAAGGAAGUGUUGAGGAAAGGGCUUACGUGUUGUGGCUCGGUGGGGAAGUCUUUUACGGUGUCGUGAUACAGACCUAUGGUGUGUCGUCUUCACUUCUUGAAUGUUCAUGGUAACUAAAGCAUGGAGGCAUAUUCUAACAACAUAGGUGUGUUUGCUUGCUUAUAUUUAUGUGAAAAGAUCAAAUAGAGUUAAUGAUCAUCAACACACUGUAAAGUGAUGAGUGAUGUAGGCAAGUGACGAUACUAAAAUUUCAUGCCAUAAUAACCGCCUAAGGUUUUUCCAGUACUCAUAACUCUCAUCCCAGUACUAUAGGAUGGUACGUGUUUACAAAUUUGACCAAAAUAAAAGACCCUUACCCUGCAUUCACGUCAGGAGAAAGCAUCGAGACGGCGUCCUUUCAGCAUGUUGAGCUUCAAGCAACAUUGAGACGUUAUUAGUUGUGUGCGUGUUGGGUAUGACACGGGAAAGCAACACAUUAAAAUGAUUGGCUUGAAUGUUUCCUCAGACCAAUCAAAUGGCGUGGGUGUGGUCUGACUUUAGCCUCCAUUUACUGUUGGGGACACAAAAAUGGAAGAACUUGUCUUCAUCGUGUGCAACCUCUCAUUAAAUGUGUAUGGAGACACAUGAAGAAAAAUUAAGCUUGGCAGGAAGUUGGUGUGUCUAGUGGGUGUACGUAGCUAGUAGGUCGUUUUGCGGACAAACUACAACUUCUCACUUGCUAGUGUGAACGCAGGGUUAGAUGUCUUCACGGUACCUAGCCUAUAUAUAUAUAUAUAUAUAUAUAUAUAUAUAUAUAUAUAUAUAUAUAUAUAUAUAUAUUGGCUUGACUGUCACAAAAUUACUGAUUAUCGUCACAUGCCUAAUUGAAACAAUUGUACCUUCUUCAAAACGAAAACUGCAAAUCCUUCUCUACUCUUUUUUUUUUUUCUUUCUUCUUCUCCCCCCCCUUCCCCCUCCAGCUAACCACCUGAAUCUUCUCUUCGAAACAUUGGGACUCCUCAAUUGGGACUUUAUACAUCACCGUUUUAAUAAAUUAAAAAACCUUAAACAAAAGCAUUUAAAGAUUAAAUAAUGGAAUUAACCCUAAAUCACCGUUUCACACUGGGACGGAGAAGCUGGUGGGAAAAGGCUCCUCCUGUCCUCUAGGUGUUUUACACAGCUCGUGAUGGGACCACGUGCUGCUCUGAAGGGAACUAUGAUGAUGGGAUUAAAGAUUCUUCAAUCUUUGGGGAAAAAGUCGACUCUAAAUUGGCGACUGCACCGUUUGAAACCUCGGCCUGAUGGACUCUCUCAGCCUUACUGUUCCUGCCGGGCAAUAAAUUAACACGGGGCAAUAAUCAAGACGGAGUACUGGGUACUGAGUAUUAGUUUGUUUUUGUUGUUGUUGUUGUUGUUUUUUUUGAGGAGCAUGCAAGAUCGUUACAAUCUAUGCAUAUUGUUAUUAUAAUAAUUAUUAUUGUUGUUCAAUCCUCCAAGCCGCAGGAAUUCCAUCGGAAUGGCUGAAGGAGCGCUUAAAUUUCAUUGACUUCUUUUGGGUUUUUUUUUUGUUUGUUUGUUUUUCAUCUUCAUUCAUUUGGGUACAUUAUUUCUGAAAUGUUUUCUCUGUAAUGUUUUAUAACUGUUUUUUUUGGUAAUGUAUUGCCUUACUUUUGAUUCCUAGAUGAAAGGUUGGAAAAAGGAAGAAGAAAAAAACACAAACAUUAAGUUAACAAAUGUAAAACUGCACUGCUUGAAUUGUAAGUUAUUUGUAGAAGACUAAAACAGGUGUAGCAUUCAGCCCACCUAGUGCCUUACCGACUUUUGAGACCGAUUUUUACUGCCAUAUCUGUUUGUGUUCCUCUUCAAAAUGUUAAACCCUAACUAUUGUUCUUUUUAAGGAAAAAAAAAAUACGAUGUGUAUAUCAUCCACCUUGUGGUUUUAUCAGGGCGGUCCGUCGCGUGUCGAACGCAUUCGUUCACUAGAAUCUCCAGGUUUCGUGUUUUGCGAUUGAGACGGUGCUCUCGGACGGAGCGGACGCUGGGAUUAGACUCGUGUCCGUAUUAAUCUUUUCAUAAACUCUGAGAUAUUAUUAAGCUUUCCUGGAAAGUUCGUUCCUCCAUUGUGCGUGUUGUACGCUAGAAGGAAGAGUCCUAACGAGGCUAAAAUUGGAAAUCAUGGCCUUUAUUAGAGUUUAAAGAAGCUGUAACCGAUCCCGGAUCAUCUUACUCUCAGUCCCUGUCUCGCAGGUUGCCAUGUUGUACACAAAUGAGCAUUAUCCUGUGCUGGCAACUCGUUAAGAGUGACCGACGUCCCUGGGUUUACAGAGGCGGAGUCAAGUUGAACUCAAUCAAGUCAUAUGACAUCAUCACCGCUAUUCUUUUCAUUCACUUCUUAAGCUCAACGCUGUGUAUGGAAUAAAAAAAAUGCUAGUUUUAAUUACACCAUAUAAAAAACUAAGCUAGUUAGCUAGUCAAACACUUCAUUCAGCUCAUGUUUACUAGUUAGCUAAUGAAGUAGCCGUUCUGCUAUUAAGUAGCCGAAUUCAGUAGUUUAGACUAUUAUAUUAAUACUAUGUCAUUAGUAUGAGUAGCUAAGUGUAAUUAAAUCCAGCAUCGAGCCAAAGAGGAGAGAAGCAUUGGGGAUGAUGUCAUAGGUUUCUGAUUGGUCGAUCAAAUUGAACUCCGCCCAUUUUAAGCUCGGGACGCCUUUUACUCAAGGAAAAUCCGAACAACGCUAAUCUCAGUGCGAAACUGGAAAAGAGUUCUCGCUGACUGCGUACGAGUUCCAUCGUCUCCGUCAUACGUUGUACACCCGCCCCCCCGCUUUUCCUGGACAAAGUCUCGUUGGGUUUUUUCCGCCCGGCGACAGGCGAGACAGAGAUCAUAGAUACCUCCUCAGUUAUUCGCUACGGUUUUUAGGUUAUGUGUUCAGUUAAAUGAAGCACUGGAACUAUGGUGGCUAUCUACUCGGAUGAACUGCAUGAUUAAUUUGGUUUGGAGGCCACAGUGAUGGAUGUGUGUCAAUAAACAUUAUCUUUAUCACCUA